CAGCGCUGGAGCCAUAUUGGAGCUGUUUUUCCUUCGGGGGACUAUUCCACAGGUGGCCGCCGCGUUGGGACUAACUUUUCUGGGCUAAAACUCACUCAAAACCCAGGUACCAGCUCUGAGAUCACGUCCAAACCAGUCCGGCGGUGAAGAUGGUGGACCGUUUGGCUAACAGCGAGGCAAACUCCAAACGCAUCGCCGUGGUGGAGAGCUGCUUCGGCGCCGCAGGUCAGCCGUUAGCCAUUCCCGGCCGCGUCCUGAUCGGGGAGGGCAUCCUGACCAAGCUCUGCCGCAAGAAACCCAAACUGCGCCAGUUCUUCUUGUUCAACGACAUCCUGGUCUACGGCAACAUCGUCAUUCAAAAGAAAAAAUACAACAAGCAGCACAUCAUCCCUCUGGAGUCCGUUACCAUAGAUACGGCCCCCGACAACGCCGAGUAUGAUCUGCGGAACGGCUGGCUCAUCAAAACGCCAACCAAAUCCUUCACGGUCUUCGCCGCCACCGCUACGGAGAAGUCGGAGUGGAUGAAUCACAUCGGGAAGUGCGUGGGCGACUUGCUGCAGAAGAGCGGGAAAGCGCCGACCGGUGAGCACGCGGCAGUCUGGGUCCCCGACUCCGAGGCGUCCAUCUGCAUGCGCUGCCAGAGGGCAAAGUUCACCGCCGUCAACCGCCGCCACCACUGCAGGAAGUGCGGGUUCGUGGUGUGCGGCCCGUGCUCGGAAAAGCGCCACCUGCUGCCCAGCCAGUCGUCACGGCCGGUGCGAGUCUGCGAUUUCUGCUACGACAUGCUAACGGCGGCGAACGGGGCGCGACAGAUCAGGCAGGACACGUUCAGCAACAACAGCGCCGUGUCGGAGGAAGAGGACGAUGAAGACAGCAGCGAUUAGUCACAGUGCUGUGGACUUAGACUGUACAUAAGUUUAGAAUGAGGCGUCCGUUUCAAUCUGGAAUCAUGGAUCUAACUUUGCGGGGCUGUACCUGAUUUGUACGGUCCUCAAACUGGACUGUCAGAGCUUUUAACCAUGUUAGACUUGUUUCUUCUCAUUGACCUUCUGAGGUUGUCUUUGGAGUGAUUUGUGCAUUUUUGACUCAUCUUUAAUCCUUUAUUUUCACAACGGGGUUUUGCUGAUCCCCUCCCCUGAUGUGCAGUUGUGAUGGUGUUUACGGUGACGUCAGCUCCAUCGGCCACUACAGUUUUGUAACACAGAAGCCGCCGGCGCACUUGUCUUUUAUUUGAACAGUGUGCAGUGGUCCAGAGUACUUCCUCACUUCCCUUCUGCAUUGUGAGCAUCCUGAUGGUUCACCACCAUGAGUUAGACAACAACAAUGAGUUUCACAACUCUCAGAGAUCACAACAGAGUAAAGUUAACAUCAUCUAGCAUGCUAAUGAGCACUUCCUCAUUCUAUGUCAAAAACACUCUUUCUAAUUUGAUGCAGCCAGUACACAGUGGAUUCUUUUGAGCUCGAGCUGCGUGUACUCCACAGAUGUGCACUGGGGCAUGACACAUUUCACUCUAACACACACAGUGACAUCAGGAACAGCCCCUUUAACCCUUUUCUUCUUAGAUUUGACUCAAUUCUUCUUCAUUUUCUAAUCUAGAAUACUAAAUACAUGUACAUAGGUUAUAAUGAGACGUCCGUUAAAGCUGCACUGUGGAACUUUUCUAGUGGACGGCUUGUCUCAGUGGAGAGUAGGGAUGGGCAUGAUUUGUUGACUAAUUGAUAAAUGAUCAUUAAGAAUUUCGUCGAUAAUGUUCAUUUCUAAUUGAUAAACUGAACGUAGGUUUCUGUGUGUAGAUAUGCAGCUGCGUCUCACACAAACACUGGAGUUGUGCCUCAGUCCCACGUUUGGGCUCUGGCUCCUCCUUGGAGACACUGUUCCACUCAGUGAGUGUGUUUACAUGCACAUGUGUAUCCAGGUUUCAUUAUGGAGCAUGUAAACGCAGUAUCCCAGAUACUGCAACAUAAAGAACUGCACUAAACCUGCACAUGUCUGAUCUCUGAAAACAUCACGACACACAGAACACACACUCACCUUCAGCGUCAACAUCCUCUGUCACAGAAACAACACUCAUAUUCCACUGAGUCGGGUCCUUUAGUCCAACAGAAGCUGAACUGGAUCAGGGCACAAGAGCUGUUUAUUUAUUUUUUUCUCCAUUUAGUUUAUGCAAAUGAGUCAUGCGACUUUAAGUUUGGUUUCUGUGAGACUUGCACAAAUCUGCAUUAAACACAUGAUAAUGUCAAACGGGCUGAUGUGGCUCUAGAGUGGUGAUGUUUAUAUGUUGUAAAGUUGAGUUUAUUUAUGCAGAUUAAUAAUAGUAAUAAUAAUGAUGAUACUUAUUACAUGAAAAUGUUAAUGAUUAAUUGAAAAUCAAUCAUUAAUUCUCCCGACGAUCGAUUAAUAAAAUUUCAUCAAAUGCC